GCUAAAUAUAAAAGAAAUACAUAUUGCUUAUGAUAAAUUUCAAUUUUCAGUCUUUCCCAUUUUCCAGAAAGAAAAUAAUAUGUCUAUCCCCUAUAGUGGUACGAUACGACGUUCUGGAGGUGUGGUAUCUGCAAUUGGAAAACAAUUACGUGGUGUUAAUCUCAAGGCAGCAAAGCGAAUAACAGUAAAAUUUGAUCCAUUCUCUGAAAAUGUUACACACACUAGGAACUUUUUACACUAUGUGAGUUCAUCCAAAAUAGCUUUAACAAACCCUAAUUGUUCUCUUAAAACGGAAAUCGUGUGUGACCGAAGUGAUCCUACAAUAGAUAUUACUCUUGUACCCUCAAUUGCUGAAACCGUCAAAAUAAAUAAAGUAACAUUCAAAUCUGCCAAUUUAACUUGUUUAGAAUUACUACAAUUAUUAAACAAACACAUAUCGUCUCUAGCACCGCAAGAACAAAUAACAAAUACAAUUCAAACAAAAUUGGAGAAGAAAAAGGGCAAAAAGAAGUAAUUUAAAAUGACGAAAUCAAGCAAGGGAAACCUUAAUGUUGUGGAAGAAAUUUA